CUGUCGCUUCAGUUGCAAAUGGCAGACCUGCAACGUAUACUGUAGGUAGAGGACAUAUCCUCCAAUUUUGACACGAUAAAUCAUCAAUAGCAUGAGAUAACGGUGAACGAAGGAAUCGAGAGGAUCCUGAUAAUUUUCUACGUAUCAUCGGGAAACUAGUGUUCUCGUGAAAUUAAUUGAAUCGUAUUUAUCUGGUGGUAAUAUUCCGGGGUAAUUGCUCGACAAUGGCGAAACUCAUCGAUAUUUGGCAUACGGAGCAGCCGGUCACCCUCAAAAAACGACAAAUGCCGUUGAUUGUUGAUCACCAGUUAACGAUGAUAAUGGACUUGAGCAGUUUGGGUUACAUCUGCGAGAGCCCGCUGGUGCGUGGCAAGCACCUGGACGAAUUCACUCGCAAACUGAAUAUUCUCACGAAGGACAAAAUUAAGGAAGCCUUCGAGGUGUCUCACAACGACAUGCUGGAUAUUCUCAGACAGGCUGUGCCCUGCGUCGGCUGUCGCCGAAGUGUGGAGCGUCUCUUCUACGAUGUUAUGACCUCGGGUCAUCAAGCACUAGAUCCAAUUAUAGUCACCAAGGACGGUAUGAUUACCCUGAGCGACGAAGUGUUAGAGUCUCCGCGAUUACUAUGCACUAUGCUCCAGGGGCACAGCGCACGUCUGAACGCCCUCCUGGAGAAACAACCCCGUAGUAAAAAAUCUCGACGUUGCGUUUUGCAUUCCCUGGAGGUGCAACGUACCCGUCCACCCUCAGGGGCUUGGCGAGAAGCCUGGGAGGUGAUGCGAUCCCCUUGUCGCCAGGAGCUGACAGUCGUAGAAAGAGAAACCCUCGAAUCAACCCUCGAUACGUAUCUCAAGAAGCAUCGAUUCUGUUCAGAAUGUCGGACGAAGGUCCUCCUGGCGUCGUCCCUCUUUUGGAAAAACUCCGGCACAAUCCAGGAGAAGGGUUACACGCCUUCCCUCUACGCAGGGAUAAAACGCUGUGUUGCAGAGAGUCAUAUCCACCUCCCCACGAAUUCCGACUACAUUUCUUCAUUAAUAGGACGCGCUCAGCCCGAAAUUAUGGGCCGUGAGAGACACGCCAAGACCCUGGAGAUCGCCCAGGAGGAGGUGCUCACGUGCCUGGGCAUGUGUGUAGCUGAGAAACUGCACAGAGUACACAGACGACUCAGAGAGGAGGAGACUGUCUGCAAAGUAUUUGCAGCUGUUGCCAUCGAUGCUCUGUCACGUAAUUUUCAGAAGGCAGUGGAAGUAAAACAGGGGAUUACACAGCUGGAGAUAGUCUGCGAGGAGCUAACGAGGGAGGAGCUCAACAAGGAGAAAAAGAAAGAGAAGCUGAGGCUGAAGAGGAGAAAGAAGAAGGAGAAGAAGGGAGAGCUCAACGAGAAGGAAAAGGACGAAGUGGAGAAGAAGGAGAAUAUACCAGAGCCCGAUUGUAAUUGUACAGAAAAUUCUAGCCAAAAGAAAAUCCAGCCCCCCAUCCCGGAAAACUCCCCACCCCGUACCUGCGUGCCACCGAAGAAGUCACCGAAGAAACCAAAAGCCUCGAAACCUAGGAAAGGACCAGAUUCCAGUGGGAAAAAUCACAAAAAGCCAGAGGUUUCUAUAGAGGAAGAGAAGUGCACCUGUCCGCAUGACCUAGAAUCCACUGAGGACCUUCUUAAAUGGCUAAAAUUCUCCAAGCUGAGUGAACAAGCAAGUAGAGCGUCUUCGGAACCCUCUCAGUCCUCCCAGGAUUGUGGAUAUUCAUCCGAGCACAAUGGAAGUAGUGUCUCUAUGCCCAGUACUCCUGAGGGCUCAGAAGUCGCCUGUUCCGAAGGGUGUUGUGGUCACGAGGGUGACUGUCAGGAUACUUUAGGAACCAAUAAAUUGAAUCAUUCCAUUUCACCUCUAUUAUUACUUAGGGAACAAAAAUUCACUCCGACAUUAGCGCAAAUGCUUCAAGACUCGUUAUCGGAUGAGGAAGGUAAUGAGAGUCUCAUUCCACUCGAGGAAAUUCAAGAAUUCCAUUCACGUGUGUGUCAAGUACAUGAAAAACGGCUGGAGUUGAGGAAAAACCUACGCAAACGCUUCGCUAUUUUGUGUAGCCAUUAUAACUCAACCAAUGGCAUUCCAAAAUGAUUCCUAUUUUCUCGAGUUGACAGAAUUUUUUUUACAUUUAAUUUUUACCGCUUGGGAAUUCGAUAGAGAUGACGUUGUAUAUUUUGGAUAAUUGUUGAAGAAUUUUUUUUUCUUCGUUUUCAUUGGAGGAAUCAUUGAAAUUUAUUCUCUAAUCUCAUUGUAAUUGAGAAUGGCAGAGCUCGAAUAAAAUUUUCUUGAGAAACAAA